AUGAACAAUCUUCUCUCCCGCUCGUUUAACCGCUCCAUCGUGGACGAUUUGUCUCAGCCGCACUCACACAGCAUUGAGAUGACAAAGGCGAAAAACUCCGACGGAAGCUGUCACAGUGGGAUUAAUCUCGACAAGUUUUACCACGACGUAGAGGAAGUGAACAAGGACCUUAAAGAGCUAGAUAUGGCUGUGUUGGUUGUUCACCAGGGUGAACAGCUUGAUGAUAUUGAAGGCAAUGUCAAACGAGGUGCUGACCGUCUUGUCAAGGGGCGGUUUUAUCAGAAGAACACGUGGAACUGGACUUGCUUUGCAGUUUUGCUUUUGAUUAUAAUGGUGGUGUGUUGGGGGGUUCUACUAUUGGUGUUCGCUUUUAAGCGUUACGAGAUCAGUAAUGAUGGUGGAGAUGGAGGUUCGCCCCCUCAAGCUUCUGUGGCUCAAGAUCAUCCUUAUUUAGUGGUGGCGGUUGUGGUUCUAAUUGUGGUGUUUUUCGUUAAGCAUUUUGUAAUGGUAUAUGUUGCAAUACAAGAAAAAUGGGAUGUUCAAGGGANGACUAUUAUGAGAAUGUACUUCACCGUCACCGGAGAAAAUCCCGACGAACAUACCGUCGAUCGCCUCAUCUCCACAGGUGAGAGUGAAACGUUUUUGCAAAAAGCGAUACAAGAACAAGGUCGUGGUAGGAUUUUGGACACUAUCAACGAGAUACAAGAGAGGCACGACGCGGUGAAAGACAUUGAGAAGAGCUUGAACGAGUUGCACCAGGUGUUUCUCGAUAUGGCUGUGUUGGUUGUUCACCAGGGUGAACAGCUCGAUGAUAUUGAAGGAAAUGUCAAACGAGCUAACUCGCUUGUUCGGUCCGGUGCUGACCGGCUUGUCAAGGCACGGUUUUAUCAGAAGAAUACGCGCAAGUGGACUUGCUUUGCCAUUUUGCUUUUGAUUAGUAUUGUGGUUCUAGUUGUGGUGUUUACUGUUAGGCCUUGGGAGAGUAAUGGUGGUGGAGGUGGAGGUUCGCCUCGUCAAGCUACUCCGGUUCAAGCUCUGCCACCGCCACCUCCGUCUGUGAACCGGCGGUUGCUUCGCUAAAUCUUAUGAGCUAGGUUCUCGGUCUAUGCAUUGUUGGCCUAUUUAUGUUUUGAGAUUGUUUUUGAUAAUUAUCUUUUGCAAUGGUUUUUUUGUUGGUUCUGUAAAUAUAAUGCUUCAGACAGAUUUUAUUUUUGUUUGAUUAUGAAUUUUUUCCAUGAAUUACAUUAUGAUUAAUUCACA